AUGACUCAAUGCCGACUUCAGGGUUUGAUCCAGCAGCUCGGAUCGACCCGCGACCAAGGAUUCCCAAUCAAGGGAAUUCGGACCUGGCAGCCCUACGCAUAUGACCCUGCAUACAAUCCCUCAAAGAAACAAAGCAAAUACGAACAAUAUUCAUUCCCCAAAUCCGAACUUCGCAAGUUCGUUGAAAAUCUUGAUGAUGAUACUUUUCGAGGCCUGUUAUUUCCUACCUGCAAUUGUGAACCUUGUAAACUAAAUCUGUCAAGCGCAAUGUUUAAUGUUACUACUACAACAGUUUCGAAAGCUAGUUUUCCUAUCUCACCCCUGAAAGGACUUAUAUUGGAGUCCUACUUGUCAAGUUUUGUCUGGCUUAUCGAAAAUGGGGCUCCCUGGUAUAUUUUGUAUCUACUGGUCAAUGAAUUAAAGGAUUCCCCCAAUGCCUUGACCGAGUCCUCUUUGGACCGCUUCGGAGUCGAAGUCCUGGACACCAAACAGAAAAUCCGAAGCCGCGAAGGGGAUAUUUGCAAAAUUGAAUACUCUGUUGGGGGUGUUGAUCUCGUGCUCCAUUAUGACGAAAAGCGCGCACGAGAAUCAAGAACUGGGAUUCUAGGCCAUGAACAAUAUCGGGCACUCGAGUCUUCACACCCACGAUAUUUCAUGAGAGAUCUCCUAUCUCAGCCACGUGCAUUACAUAGAUUCGAGGAUCAUGAUUGUCUUCCAAUUUCGGAGAAUGUUGAAAUCCUUAAGCGGGAUGAUAACGCGAUAGGGGAGGCUUUGAUAUAUUUCGCUGAUAUUGAAGGCCUUGAAAACAUCCCACCACCACCACCAACCGCUUUUCCCCAAACCACAACUUUUAAGUCCCACCUAUUCGCUAUUAAGAGAUUUAUGGAAGAAGACCUCUGUCAGGGACUCCGUGAAUGGUUUUCUGUCAAUAAAGCUCUCGAGAUAACCUCAAAAGCUUCAGCAGAAAAUAUCCUCGCCCCGCUUUCGGCCUUUCGUUAUCGAAAGAGCUUUUUUAUAGUAUACCCUCGUGCCAUUUGCAGCCUUGACAAGUACCUCACAUGCACCGAUCAAAAGAAACGACCCAAUAUAGAAAUUCCGAUAGAGAAUUUAUGGUACCAACUAGCAAAAGUUGCCACCACUAUGGAGCUCCUUCACAGCAAGGGCCACCAUCAUUUAGACCUUACACUAGCAAAUUUGCUAGUAUUCGAAAAUGGUGACCUAAAGAUAUGUGACUUUGGCGAGUCAGGUGUCUCAGGUUCAGAUCUCUCUUCGAUAGAAGAGUUUGCACAUGCGAGCCCGGAGCAAAUUAAAGAUAUUAUGGAGAUACUCACUGAAACUAGGACUGGGAAUCCACCCGCCCGAACACUCAGCAGCGAAUUCAAAUCCCAAGCAAAUACAAGAGGAGACUGUUUGAAGUCCUAUGAUAUCUAUUGCUUUGGCCAAGUUUGCUUUGAGACGGCAACAUAUGCAACGCUUGGGUGGGAGCGGUCUGAGCUACGCAUGUAUCUUUUCCAGGAAGAUGAAAAGUCAAUCCGACAAGGUGCAUUUUAUCGGCGGUGUGAGCAAACGGGUACCUUGGUCAACAAGGAUAUAAUUGAAGAAGUACUCCACAAACUCGCUAUAUAUCCAUUGCAGACAGUAUUUAGCAAAAGUAUCCAGCUUCAGAGAAGAUCCAAACAGAAGAUUGACUACCAUGGAAUCUCCACUAUUAUCAGGGACUUGAUCAGUCCAAACAUCCAAUUUCGCCUAAACCAGGGAUCCGGUCUCCCAAACAAAAUCCUCCAGUGCUUGCCGCACCAUCCAGACCUUCGAAACCCAAUUCUACAAACUAGAGGAACAUCGUCAGAAGAAGUCCAAAAUGAGUUUCUGGCUGGAUGUAAUAAAGGCGAAAUAAGCUCCACAUCCAAGCACUUGAAAGGGACUGGGAAAAUUCCACCCCCCCGGGAACUUCCAUCAAAUGGAAAAAUUGCGGUAGUCAAGGACCCCAGCAUACAUGGAAGCACACCUCGUUGGUCGCAGUUCCCACGCCCCCGCCCACCCGAACCCUUAGCUGCUGAGGGAAUAGUUUCGGUUCCGGCCGUCCUAGGUGGGGAAGUCUGGAACCAGCGUUCUACAAGUCUCAUAAACGGCGAACCCUGCAAAAACUCCACAAAGAAUUCUACAGGGAGUGCUGAGGACGCCGAGAGUCAUGGUUGUCUUUCUGUGAUGAGAAACGUCACUUCCUCAAUUUGUCGCCUGUUCAAAAAGUGGUCUCGUUCCCAGACGUCACAAAAGGCAGCUCAAAAAGCGAAGUCAUUGAAAAAUGACGAAGGGUUUUGGGACAGAAGUCCCCUACAGCAAAAAUCUGGUAUUCUAGCUGUAUAA